UUUAAUUCUGAAUUUUACUAGCCAACUCCUCAAAAUUCCCCAAAUCUAGCAGAACUAAAUUAUCACAAUGAGUUCUUUUUUAAGAUCUCCCUUCCCUUCUCUUUGUGUGUGUGACUCUCACUCUUCUCUCCCCCUUUUUUCUCAUCUGUCAAGUUCAAGAGCAGCUCAGAUGCCAUGAAUUAAGUGAAGCACAAAAGAGAGAAAGGAGACCCUUUUGAAGAACAAAGGCCUCCCAUUAGGCUGCCAUGUUCUUUUCUGACCAAAAGUGCACCCUCCAUGGUUCCUAUUGUUGUCCACAUGCCCUGCACAUAAGAAUGAGUGAGUUUGAAUAUGAAGGAAGAAGAGCCUAAAUAGGAGAGAUGUUCUGGGGCUGCCCUUCUCUACAAAAGACUGGAAAAGUAAGAAGAGCUUUCCUGCCUUUUUAAUUACCAAACUACUCUCAAUUUUCAUUGAAACAAUUCAAAGAAAGAAUGCAGUCUUUCUAUACCUGACUCAAGAAUGAAUAAUCCGUCAGAAACCAAUAAAUCAUCUAUGGAGAGUGAAGAUGCCAGCACAGGCACACAAACCAAUGGCCUGGACUUUCAGAAACAGCCCGUGCCUGUUGGAGGAGCGAUCUCCACAGCCCAGGCCCAGGCCUUCCUCGGACAUCUUCACCAGGUCCAGUUAGCUGGGACAAGUUUACAGGCUGCUGCUCAGUCUUUAAAUGUACAGUCUAAAUCUAGUGAAGAGUCGGAAGAUUCACAGCAGUCGAGCCAGCCUUCUUCCCAGCCGCCUUCAGUGCAGUCAGCCAUUCCCCAGACCCAGCUAAUGCUGGCUGGGGGACAGAUAACUGGGCUCACAUUGACCCCAGCCCAGCAACAGUUACUGCUACAGCAGGCACAGGCCCAGGCCCAGCUCCUGGCUGCUGCAGUGCAGCAACACUCCGCCAGCCAACAGCACAGUGCUGCUGGGGCCACCAUCUCAGCCUCCGCCGCCACACCCAUGACGCAGAUCCCCCUGUCUCAACCUAUACAGAUUGCACAGGAUCUUCAACAAUUGCAACAGCUUCAGCAGCAAAAUCUCAACUUGCAACAGUUUGUGUUGGUGCACCCAACCACCAACCUGCAACCAGCACAGUUUAUCAUCUCACAGACCCCCCAGGGCCAGCAGGGUCUCCUGCAAGCGCAAAAUCUUUUAACGCAACUACCUCAGCAAAGCCAAGCCAACCUCCUACAGCCACAGCCAAGCAUCACCCUCACGUCCCAGCCUACCACCCCAACUCGCACAAUAGCAGCAGCCCCAAUUCAUACACUUCCACAGAGCCAGUCAACACCAAAGCGAAUUGACACUCCCAGCUUGGAGGAGCCCAGUGACCUUGAGGAGCUUGAGCAGUUUGCCAAGACUUUCAAACAAAGACGAAUCAAACUUGGAUUCACUCAGGGUGAUGUUGGGCUCGCUAUGGGAAAAUUAUAUGGAAAUGACUUCAGCCAAACCACCAUCUCUCGCUUUGAAGCCUUGAACCUCAGUUUUAAGAACAUGUGCAAGUUAAAGCCCCUUUUAGAGAAGUGGCUAAAUGAUGCAGAGAACCUCUCAUCUGAUUCUACAGCAUCUAGCCCAAGUGCUUUGAAUUCUCCAGGAUUGGGGGCUGAGGGCUUGAAUCGUAGGAGGAAAAAACGCACCAGCAUAGAGACCAACAUCCGUGUGGCCUUAGAGAAGAGUUUCAUGGAGAAUCAAAAGCCUACCUCGGAAGAUAUCACCUUGAUUGCUGAACAGCUCAAUAUGGAAAAGGAGGUGAUUCGUGUUUGGUUUUGUAACCGCCGCCAGAAGGAGAAAAGAAUCAACCCGCCCAGCAGUGGUGGGACCAGCAGCUCACCUAUCAAAGCAAUUUUCCCCAGCCCAGCCUCAUUGGUGGCAACCACUCCAAGCCUUGUGACAAGCAGUACGGCAACUACCCUCACAGUCAACCCUGUCCUCCCUUUAACCAGUGCUGCCGUGACUAAUCUCUCUCUUACAGAUCAAGAUCUUAGAAGAGGAUGCAGCUGGGAAGUGCUUAGGAGUCUACCAGACAGAGUCACCACCACAGCAGGCACUACAGACUCCACGUCCCACAACAACACGGCCACCGUGAUUUCCACAGCUCCCCCUGCCUCCUCAGCGGUCACAUCCCCUUCCUUGAGUCCCUCUCCCUCUGCCUCAGCCUCCACCUCUGAGGCCUCCAGUGCCAGUGAGACCAGCACGACACAGACCACCUCCACGCCUCUUCCCUCCCCUCUCGGAGCCAGCCAGGUGAUGGUGACUGCGCCCGGCUUACAGACAGCAGCCGCCGCUCUCCAAGGAGCGGCACAGUUGCCAGCAAAUGCCAGUCUUGCUGCUAUGGCUGCUGCUGCGGGACUCAGCCCAGGCCUCAUGGCGCCCUCACAGUUUGCUGCUGGAGGUGCCUUACUCAGUCUCAGUCCGGGGACUCUGGGCAGUGCUCUCAGCCCAGCCCUAAUGAGCAACAGUACACUGGCAACGAUUCAAGCUCUUGCUUCUAGUGGCUCUCUUCCAAUCACGUCUCUGGAUGCAACUGGGAACCUGGUAUUUGCCAAUGCAGGAGGAGCCCCGAACAUCGUGACUGCACCUCUGUUCCUGAACCCUCAGAACCUCUCUCUGCUCACCAGCAACCCAGUAAGCUUAGUUUCCGCCGCCGCAGCCUCCACAGGGAACUCUGCACCUACAGCCAGCCUUCAUGUCUCCUCCGCCUCAACUGAGUCCAUCCAGAGCUCUCUGUUCACAGUCGCCUCUGCCAGUGGGCCUGCUUCCACCACCACAGCUGCCUCCAAGGCACAGUGAGCUGAGCACAGAGCUGGGUUGCCACAGGCUUUCCUCACUACAGGGUGAUAGACUGGCUACCAGCUGCUUAAGAAAAUGACACCUGUCAUUGGCUUCCUCCCACCAUGUUGUGAGGGGGAAGAAGACAUGGAGAGAAGAAAAAAUUACACAUACCAGAAAAAGGAAAGAAUGGAGACAGGACAGCAUUUGCCUAAUUUUAUAAUAAAACAAUGUCUUUUCAGGAUUGCUUCAUGGAUUGGAGAACUUUCUAACCAAAAAUUUUAAAGGAAAAAAAAAAAAAAAGAAACAAAAACAGACAAAACUAAGUGAAAGGCCUACUUACCAUGUCCAGCAGUCAUGACGACAAGCUAAGGUGGGUCACCAGUUCCAGGAGAGGAAGGGGUCUUUUUCUUUUUCUUUCUUUCUUUUUUGUUGUUGUUUUGUUUUGUUUUGUUUUUUGGGGUUUUUUUUUUUCUUUUAAAAAAAUCAUUUUUAUAGGUCUGUUGUACAGACCAUUAAGUCAUAACAAGGUGUUUAUAAUCAUAUCAAUUGUGUUGGGGGUUCCUUUCUUAACUGGUACAAUUUAGGCAGGCCUGUAUUACUGUAUCUCUGAUAUUGUUUGUUUAUACACAUAUAUAUCUAUCUAUAUAUAUUGAACAUGUUUAUCUCUUGCUCCUGGAUCCUGUUUCAGUGAGCUCCCACGCUGUGGGGAGGGAGGGUUUGGGAUGAAGGGAGACUUAGGUCCUUAACUCCUGGGAAUGUUUGUGCUGGUUUCCUUAUCCUUGGUGACUCUUACAGAGGUGCUAGAAAACGAUUUUCUUUUGCCACUUAUGCAAGAGGCUUGGUGCAGAAGCUGAAGGCAGUGUGUGCAAACACUUCUGCCUCACACACGCCCCUCCCCAUCAGGCAGUGCCUUUGGAGCACUUGUGUGUAGGAAGGAAUUCCUGCUGAACCGUGGCUCUCACUCACCCUGAAUCAUUGAGCAGCCUGAGGCCCAGACCCUGUGGUGCAACAGUGAUGCUUCCUUCUACUUCCCAUGGGAACAGCUAUGCCUGUUGCAGGGCAGGGUUUGGUUCCGAAGAGCAAAGACUACUGCAGACACCUGACUUGGUGGCUCUCCUGAUUUCUUAUCUCUUAAAAAAAAUGCUCCUACUGUUAGUGUUUGUUUGUUUGCUUGUUUGUUUUUUCAUUUUAUGAAAUUUUUUCAUUCAAACUUCCUUUUAUUUACUUGGUCAGAAUCAAAUUGGCAUACUGAAGUUGUGCAACAAUUCUCUCCCUUGUUUUCUAAAGCAAUUCUGUUGAACUGUUUUCUACUAACGAGGUAUCCCAGAGAGGUCAGUAUGAAGCGCCUGAGUGAGUGUACCACCGUUCUCUAGAGAGUCACAGACUUCCUGUCCACUGAGUGGGUCACAAGUUUCUCCAAGCCUGAGAGUCUCCUCAGUCCCCUGACUGACAGAGGCCCUUUCCUGGCUGGGCAAGGGAUCUGUGGAACUUCAGAGAUAUGCUGAGCAGGAACUUCUCAGCCUCAAGUGUCUCUUGGUUUGUUAGGCCCCUGCUAAGUAGAUCUGAUGACGACAUGCAUCUCCUAUUUGAUGUAAAAAGUGAUUUGCUCCUGUAAUUGCUUUCAGGGUGUUUCUAGACUACAUAAAUGAGCCCAUUGAAAAGGAAGACCUUGUGAAAAUGGAUGAAGACGGAUGAGGGUAAUUUAGAGACUAAAUUCCCCCAUUUGUCAAUAUCCUGUUAUUAUACUAUCUGUACCAGAAUUUUUACAAACGACUGAAUCACUGCAGUGAAGCUCUGAGUUGCCCUUAUUGGAGUUAAAGGUUCCCAUUUGGCGUCUGAGGGCACUUGCUUCAGUUCCUGGUGGUCUGCACUUUGAGCUGGGAGUGACUCUACUUCUGAUUGCUUUGCUUAUGCCACAGGAAACUGUGCUUUUGUUUCUCUGCAGAGAAAAGUUCAGAGAGGCAGUAACAGGCACAGAUGUGUACCUUUCUUGUUGUUUUUCAGUUGGGAGAAGGUCAUAUUAAUAUUAAAGGUCAAAAACAUUUUGAUCCCCUUUAAUUUUUUUUUAGUUCCUUUUGGUUAUUUCCCAGAGUAUUUAAUUUUCACCCCUGAAUAAUUUCUUUUACCCUUAACUUUUCCUAAAAUCCCUCCAAAAAUCAGUGAACUGCAAGCAGGGAAACUCACAGAUGCUCAUCCACUUAUUUUGUAUGGUGUGGGUGUUUUGUUUGUUUUGUUUUGUUUUUGAAACUAAGCUUGAACCAAAGUCAAUUCUUAGCCAGCUGCUGUACUAAUGGACUAAUGGUUAUAAUGUGCAGUUCAGACACAGUGAGGAGAUAGAUGCUACUGACAAUUCUUACUCCUUUUUCUUGAUUAAUUUUAUGUGAAAGUUGCUGCUUGUUUUUAUCUUUUAUGUUGGUAAAUUGUAAUAUCCUCUGGGCAGACAUUACCUUGAUUU